AAGUGGCACACACACAAAGCCCGAUCUCUUCAGUCGCCUUCCAUGAUUCUUCAGGGCCGAGAGGUACUGCUCCGUCGCUCCGCAACCACUCAACUAGGAUCAGUUAUCCAUCCCAUAGACACUUUCACCUGGAGAGGAAACAGUCCCAACAAAACCCUACCACAAGAAGAAAGUUUUUAGGUCAUCAUCUCCACCUCCUAAUCAUCAUUGGGCCUUUGUUACUCCUUCAAUUGAAGGUAAGACUCAGCGAUGUAGAGACGCACCCCCGCAAUGGCCGUUAUCGUCCCCAACGGAAGCCCCAAUUUGGGGCUGAGGGCCUACAGUGAUCCCGUCAUCUUCCGAGAUGAUCGGGUGCUGAAGACCCUCCUCAAGAAGGAGAUCCGAUACAUCCCACAAAGUGUCAACUACUUCCAACUGGUACAAACCGAGAUCAAAGUCCACAUGAGGAAAGAGGUGGCCGACUGGAUGGUCGAGGUCUGCGAGGAUCAACAGGCUCCAGCCGAGAUCUUUUGUCUCGCCAUGAACUAUUUCGAUCGCUUCCUCAGCGUUUGCGUCAUUGGAAGCUCCCAGUUGCAACUCUUGGGAGCAGUCUGUCUUUUGGUGGCAUGGAAAGUCCGAGAACACGCCCCCUUAUCGGCUUCCCGCCUAGUGGACUAUUCGGACAACAAUCUCACCCUCUUGGACAUAAUGGAAUGGGAAGUCCUUUUGCUCUCCAAGUUGGAAUGGGAUAUGUCGUCGGUUAUAGCGCUGGAUUUCGUCGAGCACAUCAUCCAAAGGAUCCAAAGGCUCAAUCUUGGCUUGAAUGGAGAUUUGAUUCGAGCCAAUGCCGAAACGGUGAUCACCAUGUGCGCAUCUCACCACAUGUUCUCACCCUUGGCACCUAGUCACGUCGCCGCUGCUUGCGUUCUCACCACCCUUCGACAAAUGGUCGAGGGCCCGAUCUCCAACCUCAUUCGUGACACACCUUCGCCUUCCUCCUGCUCCUCUGGGGCUUCCACCACGUCUUCUCCAUCAAAAUUGAGACCAUUGGACUUGGAACACGUGUUGGACGAGGUCGAACGGAUCACGCAAAUCGAAAAGGUUCAUAUUAGAGAGGUUAUGGAUCAAGUCGAGCUCUUAACAAGAGCUGCCUUUCAACCUAGUCCCAUGUCAAGUCCUCUACCUAAACGUGUUCCACCCAAACAAUCCAAAGCUACCGACGAGGAGCGGAAAGAUUGGGAUCCCAUUUCCAACUCAACCUCGCACGCCACACCUACCAAAGUUUUGGAUGUUGCACGGAAUUAUUGAGUGCGAAACAACUACGUAAUUCCAUAAACAUAUUCACACAGAUCAGAAACCAAAUACAAAUUAAUACGAAUAUAAGAUGAUACAAG